AUGGCCGCCGACCUUCGUUCAGCGUGUGAUCGCUGUCACGACAAAAAACUACGAUGUACAAAGAUUCCGGGCUCUAUAGUUUGUGGCCGCUGCGUCAAAGCGGGCGUCUCUUGUAUCUUUAGUCCUCCUGCUCGAUCACUCCGCCAACCCAACAAUACCGCCUUUGACUGGUCUCCUAUGCUUGAGUUCGACAGUCAAACGUUUGAUCCUCUGGGCAACGUUGGCCUAAAUCCCCAAACGGUUACUCCUCCUGUGAGCGAUGAAGCAGACCCAACGCCCCCGAGUCCAGUGUCACAGUUGGCCGACCUCAUGGUCUCACUGGACCGUCUGCAACAAGACUUUCCCAGCCCGGUGCAGCAUCACGUUUCGACACGCCAGCUUAAAGAAAUUCCCCAAAGCUUGACUGCAAAGUUCAAUCUUCAGACCACUCUUGAUAAUCUACUACAGACGGCUCAGAAGCUUUCGGCAUUAUAUCCUGAGGUGCUGGAGAUACUCCAACCAGGGCAAGACACAUGCAAUAUCCCAGAUUGCAUGCACAGGAGCUUCAGUCAACGCUCGCAGCAAGAGCUCAACAGCUGA